AUGUUCCAACAUGUGUUCCGACUAUUCAAAGAGUUUGAAAAAUUUGAUGAUAAUGUCUCCCAACCACGAUCUCGUCGUCGGGAAUUCGAUACACUCAAUGACUCUUCCGAGUCCGACGUUCCAUAUGAUGGACAACCAACACCAGAGUCUCCGGGAUUGUCGUCUUUUAGUCCUCAACAAAGUGACGAUGGUGUUGGUGGAACAUCCUCUCAACGUCCAAUGGAAGCGAAGAAAGCAAAAUUGAAGAAGAAAAAUGAAGACCAAUUUUGCAAGUAUUUUAAUACUCUAAAUGCUAAAAGUGAUAGUAUUGUUGAUUUGUUGCAGAAGGCCGAAGAAUGUCAAAGUGUCCAACUUCAAUUGCAGAAACAACAACUUGAUUUGCAGAAAAAGAGGGAUGAAGAUAGAAUUUUGAUGAUAGAUUUGAAUACCCUGACAAAUCCCAUGAUCCGUCGACAUUGGGAACAAAGACAUGCACAUUUUGCAAGAAAGAGAAUUUGA